UUCACUAUCCUAUUUUGUUUUCAACCCUGUUUAUCGUUAAUUUCUUAUCAAAUUGAAUUUUAAUUUAUUUAUAAAUAAUUUGUUGCAGAGGUUUGGUUGAUGUCACUGAAGUGGAGCUUUGAUGUGGUGAAAAAAAUUUUCAACAAAUUCAGUUUGUCGAUCUCAAAACUUAAUCUCAAUAUGGAAAACGCACUGGACAAUCCAAACACUGUUCCUAAAUCUAAAAAAAGUAUGAAAAAGCAGAAAACAACUUGGAAGCACAAACAGGACUAUGAUGGUAACGAUGAGACACAAGGCAAGAAACCUAAAGUUGAUGGGGAACAAGACUGGCCCUUCAGAAAGAAGAAGGUUGCUCUGCUGCUUGUUUAUUCUGGCAAGGGUUACCUUGGCAUGCAGAGGAACCCAGGAUUCAGAACAAUUGAAUCGGAACUUUUUGAUGCUCUGUUAAAGGCAGGAGUUGUGCGCCCCGACCACAUUGAAGAGCCACGUUCAAAGAUGUCCUUCCAAAGGGCAGCCCGCACUGACAAGGGAGUGUCUGCAGCCGGACAAGUAGUCUCAUUCAAGAUGUUUGUUGACGUAGAGGACGCCGUGGGGAAGAUCAACAGCCACCUGCCUGCACAAAUUCACGUCCUGGGUAUAAAAAGGACGACGAAGACGUUCGAUUGCAAAAACUCGUGCACUGCUCGUACGUACACCUAUCUGACUCCUUCCUUCGCAUUUGCUCCUAUGAAUGAGACUGUUUGUGAGAGUUACAGAAUAACAAAGGAUGUGCUCACUCAUCUGCAAGACAUAUUGAACUGUUUCUGCGGAACUCACAACUUCCAUAACUUCACAUCAGGAAAAAAAUCUGGAGAUGCAAGUGCACAGCGAUACAUUAUGGAGUUCAAAGUGGGCGAUCCAUUCAUUCGCGACGACAUCGAGUAUGUUAAAUUGACAGUGAAGGGGCAGAGCUUCAUGCUGCAUCAAAUACGCAAGAUGACAGGUAUUGCAAUGGCCAUUUGCAGAUCUUUUGUAAAUAUGGACAUUUUAAAGAAAAGUUGGGGGGCUGACAAAGUUGACAUUCCUAAAGCGCCAGGCUUGGGUCUUGUGUUGGAUCAACUGCAUUACAAUGCUUACAACAAGAAGUUUGGGACAGAUGGAAUGCACGAAGCAAUUGAAUGGAGCCAGUACAAAGAAGAAAUUGAGGAAUUCAAAGAGAAUUUUAUAUAUUCCACAAUUUUUCAAACAGAAAAAGAAGAAAAAUCUAUGAUGAAAUGGUUGGGCACCCUGCAUCUCCACCAUUUUGAUUACAUAACAGGACACUUGUACAACACUCUACCACUUGUAGAAGCCAAGAAUAACUUGAAGGAACCGUGCAAUAACGGUCCACAAACCGUUGAACCCGAUGAAAAAAAACAAAAGACAAAUGCCAAUCUAAAUUUAGGUGAUGAAUCCUCUGCCAUUCUUGAAAAAACAGAACGGUCGAUUGAUACAUCUUUAAGCACUGAUAAAGGAUCUUGAACAUUUUAAAAAAUUGUUUUGUAUUUUUAGCAUAUUUUAAUAAAAAAUAUGACUCGCAUGCUGUCGCCGCAAAUACCGUAC